AUGUCGUCUCAGCAAGAAGAGCAACAAGCAUCCGCCUCUGGCGAGGGCAACCUCAACAUUGGCGCAAACGCCUCCGGCAGUGCACAAGCAAGCCAGAAACAAACCAAGCGCACUCCCAAGAAGUUGGGCCAGAAGCAACAACAGCAACCAACACCAGCCCAAACCGACGAAGCCGACGGUGAAGCCGAAGGCGAAGCGGAAGCAGACGCCGGCGCAGAAGCAGAAGCCGACGGCGAGGAAGAAGCACAAGAACCCGAACCUCAGCAAGAACGCCAACAAUCCCGUCGACGACAGAGCCGCGGCCGUGGUCGCAAGGGCGGCCAGGAGAGCGAUACUGAAUCAAUCGCUCGCAGCGACGUGAGCGCCCAAGGUGGUCGUCGCCAGCGACAACGCCAGAAGAAGCAGCAAGCCCAGACCAAGGGCUCCCAGGGCGGCCCACUCGACAGCGUCACUGAGAACGUUCCCGGCGGCGAGCUCGUCGGCCAGGCUGGCGAUCUUGUCCAGAACACUGCUGGCGAUGCGGUCAACCAAGUCGGCGAUACUGCCGGCAAGGCAUUGGGUGGAUUGACGGGCGGUGGUGACAAGGGAGGUGAGGAGGAGGGCGGUGGGGAGCAGCUUCGUCUGCGAUUGGAGCUUAACCUCGACAUUGAGAUCCAGCUCAAGGCGAAGAUUCACGGUGACCUUACUCUUGGUCUGCUCAACUAG